AUGCCGAGCCUAAUAGUGUCAGACAACGCCAAGACGUUUAAGGCAGCAGAGAGAGCAGUAAAGAAGUUGUUUAAUCAACCUAAAGUAAAAGCAGAAUUAUUAACGAAGCGCGUAACUUGGAGGUUUAACUUAGAAAGAUCGCCUUGGUGGGGAGGGUUUUUCGAGCGAAUGGUUAGGAGUGUUAAACGAUGCCUCAGGAAGGUUUUAGGCAAUGCCAAAUUAACAGUAGAUGAACUUAACACAGUAUUAGUAGAGAUAGAAGGCACAUUAAAUUCCAGACCAUUGACAGAAGAAUAUGAAGAAUUCGAAGGCGAUGUAUUAACGCCAUCACACUUAAUUUACGGAAGAGCAAUUAAUUUCAUACCACGGAGGGAGGUAGCUAGAGAGGAAAGGUUACGAGAGUUUCAUAAAAGUGGUAAUCGAAAGGCAAGAAGUUUGAAGGAGGGCGAAGUAGUUGUAGUUUAUGGAGAAGGAGAGAAGCGAGGCAAGUGGAAACUAGGGAAGGUAGAACAGCUAAUUUUAGGAAAUGACAGCGAGGUUAGGGGUGCUAAGUUAAGAAUAGCAGGAAAGGGUAAACCAGUUUACCUGAAAAGACCGGUGCAGAAACUUUACCCGUUGGAAAUUCAAGCUCGACCGGGUGGGAACGGGACGGAAGGGAAUUCCCCUUCAGGUGAGGCAGAGGGUUCCUUGCAUGAUCUGCAUGAGCGUCCGAGACGAGCUGCUGCUGAGAUUUCAAAAGCGAAGACAAGGGCGAUGCUUGAUUCAUAG